AUGACUUCCAUGGAUGCUGCACACAUACAUGUUCAACCAGAUGUAGAAGCUUCUUCUUUUGAUAAUCCUCCUUGUGUUCUUGAAGCACAUGAAGUGAGAUGGGAAGAUGUAGUUGGGAUGGAAUUAAUAAGACAUGAGUUUAUGCGUUUAAUAGUUGGGCCUAUUAAGAAUCCCAAUAAUUAUAAGGUAUUCAAUUUUGAUAUGGAGAAAGGAUUUUUGCUUUAUGGACCUUCUGGUUGUGGCAAAACAUUAAUUGCAAAGGUCGUGGCCAAUGAAGCGGGGGCUAGUUUUAUACACAUUAAUUUAUUGAUAGAGCUGGACUGUGCAGAUGAUAGAAAGGAUGUCUAUGUUAUUGCUGCAACAAAUAGCCCGGAAGAUCGUGGCUUGAUUCUUAAAUCUCUUACACGAAAGAAACCUAUAGAUUCUAGUGUUGAUUUAUUGGAAGUUGGGAAGGACACAACUUGCGAUAAUUAUAGUGGAGCAGAUCUUCGUGCUCUUGUGAAUGAAGCAGCAAUGGCUGCAAAAAAUGAAAGAAAAGUUGUCUUUAAUUUGUCCACUAUACAUAGAAGGCAUUUCGACAUAGCAUUCCAAAAGAUCUUCCCAUUUGUAUCCCAAAAGGAAACUCGAUCUUACGAUAAUUGGUCAGUCGGCAACUAA